GACUCACUGUUAGGACGGCUCGUAUACCGGUUGGAAAAUGGUGGAUAGACAGCGAGAUAGUACUGCGAGUAAAGGCCAAGAGAGCCCUGCGAUAGACCUGGACUAUGUGCUGGUGAACGAGCUCGGCCAAUUCGGCCGCUUCCAAAUCUACAGCUUGCUAUUGGUGGCCGUGCCUCUCGCUAUGUCGUCUUUCAUGAGUGAGUUCAUCUUCUCAGCAGCUGCUAUCCCUCACAGAUGUCGUGUGCCUGAAUGCGGUGAGACAAAAAAGAGUUCUCUAUUCGAACCCGAAUGGAUUAGCAACGCCAUCCCGCACACUUCCUCAGGAUUCGCCAGCUGCGAGCGGUUCGUUCCAGUGGAUGGAGCUAACGGCUCGCUCGACUACUGUCCCGCCAAUCUGUUCCAGAACGACACGGUGGGUUGCGAUGGCUUCGUCUACGCUCGGGACAACUCUGUUGUGUACGAUUUCGACCUUGGCUGCCAAGAAUGGUUCCGUGCAUUAGCUGGUACUCUCAACAGCGUGGGAACCCUACUGGUGCUGCCCAUCAUCGGGUUCGUCUCCGACAAGUUUGGUCGGCGGGUUGCCCUCAUAGUCAGUGUCUUUAAUCUGGCAUUGUUCGGCCUCAUCAGGGCCUUCUCCAUCAACUACCCCAUGUAUCUGGCCCUUCAGCUCAUUCAAACGACGCUUGGAGCUGGAACGUUUAGCUCUGCUUAUAUUUUUGCCACUGAAUUCGUAGGGCCGAAGUACCGUGUAUUUACGAGCGCCACCUGCACAUCGAUGUUUGCCGUGGGGCAGGUAAUCCUCGGCAGUGUUGCCUGGCUAAUCCAGCCUUGGCGGUACAUGAUCAUGGCCCUUCACAUCCCGUGCUUCCUCAUUAUUAUCUACUACUGGAUCCUGUCGGAAAGCGUCAGGUGGCUACUUUCGAAGCAGAGGUUUGACGAUGCCAAGAAGGUGCUUGAAAAAGCUGCGAGGAUCAAUAAGAAGGAAAUCAGCGAGAAGUCAAUGCAGGCUCUGUUGACUCCGCCGGCAGCUCUUGAGCACAAGGUGGAACGUCCUGGAGUGUUCAAGACCAUCAUAAAAUCUCCUAUCCUGCUCCGGCGCGUGUGCACGACGCCCAUCUGGUGGAUCACAACCACAUUCGUGUACUACGGACUGUCUAUCAACUCCACGAGCCUGUCGGACACCAUGCACCUCAACUACAUCCUCACAUGCGCCAUCGAGAUCCCCGGCUUCUACACCGCCGUGCUCGUCUUGGACAGGAUCGGCAGGAGGGCCACCCUCUCAACCGCCUUUAUCUUCAGCGCCGCUUGUAAUCUCGCCUUCGCUUUCAUUCCUGAUGACAUGACUGUGGUGCGCCUGAUAAUAUUCCUGCUGGGCAAGUUCGGCAUCUCCACGGUGUUCACGUCGCUGUACCUGUUCACGUCCGAGCUGUACCCCACCGAGUACCGCCACAGCCUGCUCGCCUUCUCUUCUAUGGUCGGACGUAUCGGCUCCAUCACUGCGCCACUUACGCCUGUCCUGAUGGAGUACUGGGCUGGUAUUCCCUCAGUGAUGUUCGCAUCCAUGGGCUUCCUUUCCGGAGUGCUGGUGCUCACACAACCAGAGACCCUCGGCACUAGGAUGCCUGAUACCCUGGCAGAGGCGGAGAUGAUAGGCAAGCCUGAGUCCAAAAUUCAGCGGUAGACACGUUCUCUCCACUUCAAGGAUACCGACUUUGUAUAGGACGGCGUUGUGAUGUGUUCAGAAAUGGAAGUGCUUAGAACCUCAUGGAUUAAAUACCUACCUACGCUAAGUUUAGACUCGUAAGUCCUGGAAGCAAUAUUUUACCCAGACCUUCCAGAGACGUUUACACUAGCGGAAAUAUUUAAUCACUUCUAUAUGUACCUACAGAUGUAAUUCGCACCAAGCUGCAAACUUCUAAAUUUACAAAAAUCAGGUUACCGAUCACGCUAAGCUGAUUUUUAUUACGACCGAUUUUUACCGUAAAAACAGUCAUGUUUUUACGGUAAAAAUUGCUUGUGAAAGUAAAUUUCUGCAAGGUUUCUUGUUAAUCUAAACCUCGCUUUAGGUGCGAAAAUGUAUGUAAUAGAACUAUUUAUGUAUUCAAUAGAUGCUCAAAAUCGUAUACUCGACUCCAAAGGUUGGCGCGCAUAAUAGGGGAUAUUUAUAUUAGGAAUAUCAUUACUUAUUUAUAUUAAUUAUUUUAUAAAUACCUACACCAAUAAAGGCUGUAUCUUGUAUAAGUUCUAAUAUUUGCACCAUAAUGUAUUAUUGUAUUUGUUUUCCAUAAUUAUCUUAUAUUUAUAUAAUCGCUUAAGCAUUUGUGUAAUCAUAAGAAAUUACAAGCCUAAUAAUCGUGUACAUAGUAAUUAAGUAAAUGUAUGUGCAGCUAACAAAACUCUUUAUGGCUGUUCUGAAGUGUGAGUUUAUCUCUUGGAUUCCUCACGUGCGGUUUUAUUGAUCGGCUCUCGAAUAGCCUCUAUUCCUAGUCAUUCAUCCCUGUAAAGAUGGAGCAAUUUGUCGUCUCGCACAAAUUCUUGAAAGAAAGUAAUAUGUUGCCUCGGUUACACACAAUGACGAGACAAUCAAGGCGACUAGUGAGAACUGGUGGCGCUAGUGGAAGGAUAUAUUUUAUAUCUACCGUACACAAGGUAUUAAAACCCGCCAUAGUGGCCCACGUAAAUGAGUCGCGUUCCGGGAUCAGCCUGAAUAUAUCCGGUUCCACCAGGCCUGCCUAAUUGUGACAUUCUAUUGGACUCCACUCCACUUACCAUCAGGUGCAAUGGGGUCGCUUUGUCUAAUUGAGGUUCAAGUCGUUGCGGACCUUCGAUUGCUGAUCAAUUUAACAGCCUGUGAGCGCCAAGUCUCUGAAAUAGACGUAAGAGUUGCACCAGCUGUAAUAAAGUGUAAUAUAAGAUAAUAAAAUAAAUGAAACCUUGAACCUAUUGGUUUUAUAAUUUAUAUCCAUAC